CAGAAAGGAGAGCAGAGGGUGGACACCGCUCUGGUCGGAUAAAAAUGUGGAUGUACGUGGGAUCACAGUGACAGAGAUCUGAGUGGGAAGGAGGAGGCGCAGGGAAGGGAAUGAGAGACUGAGCUACAGUCUGAGGUUGACCUGAGCAUUUGUGUCUAAAUAACAGUUUGCUGAAAGUUUAUGAGGCCUUUUGCCUCAACUUCAACAAGAAUGGCAACUUCUUGGCGAGUUACACUUUUCCUCUGCGCGCUGCUGAUGGCGUGCAGAGGCCCAAGUCUGGCUAGCGGGGAAUCAGAAUGCAGGAUGGCAAGGAAUUCUCAACCGCAAACCCCAAGCUCAGAUAAUGGGACAGCUGGAGAAGGUGGUCAUGGAGGGGGUACCGUCACCACACUGCCUAUUGUGACCUGGAGGUGGGAACAUGUCAAGGAUCCGUACCUGGUGGCCCUGUGGGUCCUGGUUUGCUGGCUCUGCAAAAUGAUCAUUGAGGCCAACCAUCAUGUCACCAACAUCAUACCCGAGAGUGCCCUGCUCAUCUGCUCUGGAUUCAUUUUGGGUGGGAUUAUUUGGGGCGCAGACAAGGUGCAGACCUUCUCCCUGACCCCGACGACCUUCUUCUACUACCUGCUGCCUCCAAUCAUCAUAGAUUCAGGCUACCACAUGCCAAACAAGCCUUUCUUCACCAACCUGGGUGCCAUCUUGGUCCACGCCGUCAUCGGGACCUGCUGGAAUGCUGCCAGCUUGGGGCUGUCGCUGUGGGGGUGUCAGAUAGGAGGAGCCAUGGGUGACCUGAACAUCGGUCUGCUGCAGUAUCUUCUUUUCGGCAGUCUGAUGGCUGCUGUGGACCCCGUGGCUGUCUUAGCUGUGUUUGACCAGGUCCACGUCAAUGACGUCCUCUUUAUCAUCGUGUUUGGAGAGUCGCUGCUGAACGACGGUGUAACUGUGGUACUCUUCAAUGUGUUUGAUGCAUUUGUGUCACUGGGAGGACCCAGAAUUAAUGCUGCGGAAAUAAUUAAAGGAAUAGUUUCCUUCUUUGUGGUCGCAUUUGGUGGUUCCCUGGUGGGCGUAGCGUUCGGCAUAAUAAUUUCACUUCUGACCAGAUGCACGUAUAAGGUCCAGAUCAUUGAGCCAGGCUUUGUCUUUAUCUUGGGAUACCUUUCCUACCUGACUGCAGAUAUGCUUUCUCUGUCUGCUAUCCUUUCGACUACCUUCUACGGGGUGUUCUGUCAGAAGUAUGUCUAUGCAAAUAUGGACGAGAACUCAGCCCACACGGUCAAAUACGCCAUGAAGGUUUUCGCCAACGGAGCAGAAACCGUCAUCUUUGUCUUCCUCGGCAUCUCGGCCAUCGAUAAGUUAAUCUGGGUUUGGAACACGGGCUUCAUCCUCCUCACGCUCCUCUUCAUCUUGGUGUAUAGAUUCAUGGGUGUGUUUUUCCUCAACUGGUUCCUCAACAGGUACAGGCUGAUCCCCCUGGAGUUUGUAGAGCAGGUGAUUAUGAGCUAUGGUGGCCUGCGAGGAGCUGUUGCGUACGGUCUGGCUGUGAUGUUGGAUGAGAACAGGAUAAAGGAGAAAAACCUGAUGAUCGGCACUACUCUCAUUGUAGUGUACUUCACUGUCAUCCUGCAGGGAAUCACGAUGAAACCUCUCGUCCUGUGGCUUAAAGUGAAGAGAAAUGAAGUGCGCGACAAAUCACUCCUAGAAAGAGUGACAAAUACGUUGUUUAAUCACACUCUGGUUGGCAUAGAAGACAUAUCAGGACAAAUAGGAGAUAACUACUUCAGGAACAAGUGGAGGGAGUUUGAGAAGAAAUGGUUGAUGUGGGCUUUGAUGAAGCCGUCUGUGAGGAAGAAACAAGACCAAAUCUUUGAUGUCUUCCAUCAGCUGAACCUCAAGGAUGCUGUGGAAUAUGUGGCUGAAGGCGAGCAAGGAGGUUCUCUGGAGUUCAUCCGUAAUGAAAGCGCCUUUUUGGACUUCAAGAAAAAGUUUGAAGAUGAAUACUCAGACAUGAUGCCUGACAUCAUGACGUACAUGUCAAAUGGUACAAUGUCCAGAGACCCCAUUCCAUCAGUGAGCUUGGAAAUGCAUGAGCAGACCAUGAAGGCUAUGAGGGAAGCUGAGGAAGUGAAUGCUCACCACCUUCUGGAUCAGCAUCUCUACAAGAGCAGAAAAGAGCAUCGACACGGAUUCAGUCGUAACAAUUUCGAAAUAAACAGAGAUGCAAAAGAGGUCCAGGAGAUCUUCCAGAGAACCAUGAGGAACCGGCUGGAGUCCUUCAAGUCUGCAAAGAUGGGAGUCACACCACCAAAAACAAUUACCAAGCACACAAAGAAAGAACAGCAGAAGAUGCCAAAUGGAAAGUCAAUGGACAAGAAAAAAAGCAGCUAUUCUGGUGAUGAAGACUUUGAGUUCUCAGAGGGAGACAGCGCCUCUGGCUAUGGCCCAUCAUGCACCCCUUUCCCCAUGAGAGCCACUAACAGAACAGGAGCUGGAAUUGAUAACCCAGCCUUCAUGCUGGACCUGGACCCCACGGAUUCACUGCAGAUCCCUCCUUGGCUGCUGGAGAGUGAGCUCAACAGCAGCAUGGUGGCUCCGUCGCAGCGAGCCCAGGAGCGUCUGCCCAGGACGCCAAGCAACCUGAACCGUCUGACCCCUCUGCGCUUCAGCAUUCGCUCCUCUGACACCCAGCAGACGGAUAGCGAUCUGUUACCUCCACCACCUCCUUCUCCUCCUCCCACAGAUAAUACCCAGAAAUAGCUGGAUCCCAACCUCAACACCCUUCUGUCUUACUUGAACCUCCCAUAAAGACACAAAAAAAUCCUCAGACUAAUUUACCAUCUACUGUUGUUGUUUAUGUUUAGUUGUUGUUGUAUUUAGCUCCUGUGUUUCUGCAUAAAACAUUCAGUUUCAUAAGCUCUGUGCUCUUGAGACAACUCCCCCUGUUUAGGUUCACCCUCCACUGUGUAAAAAAAAAAAAGUGCACUCAAAGCAAGGCGUGUGAUUCACAAGGACGUGCAGGACAGUUAUAUAUUCUCCAGUUGUUCGUAGUUCAUUGAAAUCAUUGCUUAAGUAUCUUUUUAAUACCUUUUUAAUAUGAUGGUAAAAAAUUAAAACAAUGUAGAUUUUGUGUAGAUAAUAAUAAAAAGAGUGUUGAAAUUAAAAUGAUUGCAGAAUGCAACUAAAACUUUCACCACCAGGGCGCACUAUUUCCCAGUGGGUGUGCUGAGACGCACGAUGUGAGAGACAAAAUUUUACCAGCAUUAUAAAAUCCACCUGCUGCAUAGGUGAGUGAGUGGAAACCAUUUAAACACCUGAACAGAUCCACUCACUUCAACGUGAGAGGACAUCCUGAAUAUGAUUGUCACAGAUGCUCCACCCACCUGUUUUUCAUUGUUUCUGUUUGGGAGGCUCAGCCAAUCAGGAGAAAGUCAGUAUAAAGACAGAGGAUGAACUGAGAGGCUGCACCAAGGCCCAGCAGAAAAUAAAUGAAGGUGAUUAUGAAGCAUGAAUCAUGUAAAUCUGCUCUAGUCCAAGAAUAAAAAUCUGU